GGUGCCGGGGCGGGAGGGGGAGCGAGGCGUGCGCUGGUGCGCAGGCGCAGUGGCCGGACGACGGACCGUGUGUUUCCAAAAUGGCGGCAGCGAUGGAUGUGGAUACCCCGACCGGCACCAACAGCGGCGCGGGCAAGAAGCGCUUUGAAGUGAAAAAGUGGAAUGCAGUAGCCCUGUGGGCCUGGGACAUUGUGGUUGAUAAUUGUGCCAUCUGCAGGAACCACAUUAUGGAUCUUUGCAUAGAAUGUCAAGCUAACCAGGCAUCUGCUACUUCUGAAGAGUGCACCGUGGCGUGGGGAGUCUGUAACCAUGCUUUUCACUUCCACUGUAUCUCUCGCUGGCUCAAAACACGGCAGGUGUGUCCACUGGACAACAGAGAGUGGGAAUUCCAAAAGUAUGGGCACUAGAAAAAGAAUUCUUCCAUCAAGCUCAACUGUUUUGUUUUUCACUUAGUUACUUAGUUAUAAAUGAGAUAGAACCUUGUCUUUUCUGCUAUGUCUUUUCAGUUUCCUCUUCCUGCAGUUAUAUUGUAUUCUUCGUCAAAUAAAAUCUAGUUGGAUUCUAGAACAGAUGCUGUCUCUCGUGUAUGUGAAAAAAGUGACCGCAAAUAAAGGGUCCCCUCUUCCUAGGUUAGAAAGCCAGCUUGUACAAGUGAGACGGGUGUGCAUUAGAGCCUGGCCAGAGCUGUCCUGUGAGCAUGUGGCUUGAUCACGAGGAAGCCUGUCCACAGGUUACUGAUGGCAAUCUUGGACAAGUCACCUUUGCACCGAAUUUUCCUCCUCUGGGAAGUGGCUUCUAAGGACUGAAUGGCAUCAUGUGGGCAAGAAAGAGGCUUUGUAAACUGAGAAACCACUGUACAAAUGUUAACUUUGUGUAUGACAUGUUGCUUUCUCUUCUUAGUUUAGAAAAGUAAACUUGAAAAAAAUCUAAUAGGUAAUCUUAGAUUGCAAAAGAAUAAUU